AUGUUUUCCGCGCGUAGACUUGGAUCACUGAUCGCCACUAGUGCCAGGCAGAAGCAUACCCUACCAGAGCUACCCUAUGAGUACAAUGCCUUGGAGCCGGUGAUUAGCCGCGAGAUUAUGACGCUUCAUCACACUAAGCAUCAUGCUACAUACGUAAACAACUUGAAUGCAGCUGAAGAAAUGCUGAAGCAGGCUCAGUCAAAAGGUGAUGUGACUGCAGUCAUCAAUCUCGCCCCAGCUCUCAGGUUCAACGGCGGUGGUCACAUCAACCACGCCAUCUUUUGGCAGACCCUGUCGCCUGGAAGCACCAAAGCUUCCGACCAACUCUGCAAAGCCAUUGAGACAGAUUUUGGCUCAUGGGAUAACAUGAAAAAUCAACUGGCAGCUGCUUCCGUGGCUAUCCAGGGGUCUGGAUGGGGUUGGCUUGGAUACAACAAACAAAUGAAGAGAACACAAAUUGCCACAUGUCUGAAUCAGGAUCCUCUGCAAGCCACCACUGGUCUCAUUCCGCUGUUCGGCAUUGACGUCUGGGAACACGCUUACUAUCUUCAGUACAAGAAUGUACGAGCUGAUUACGUCAAAGCCAUCUUCGACAUCGCCAACUGGGAAGAUAUUUCUCAAAGAUAUGCGAAGGCCGUUGGAAAUUAA